CGACGACGACGAUGACGAUGUCGUCGCCGGCGUCCACCCACCGCCUCCUUCCCUCGCGCGCCGCCGCCGGCCGAGCUGCGGCUCGGAGCAGAGGCCGGCUCGGGGUGGUGCGCGCGGAGGUGGCCGCGGCGGCGGCGGCGGCUCCGGCCUACACCUCCGACUCGCUCAUCCUCUACUUCAAGGCGGAGGGCACCAUGGAGGAGAGGGCCAUCCCCAAGAUCACCCAGGCCCUCGAGGGUGUGGAGGGCGUCGGCGACCUGGAGGUGCUCAUCGAGGAAGGCAUCGGAAGUGUUGUGUUAAGGAAGGAGACGACUGUGCAAGCUACUGGAGUGGCCUCAAACCUGGUAGAAGCCAUCCAGGGAGCUGGCUUCAAGCUGCAAACACUUAGCCUCAGCUUCGACGAUUUUAACGAGGAGGUGGCCACUGUCGCAGGUGAAGACGACGAACAAGCCACGGAGUGAGUGGCUGUAUCAUGUCAUCAGCUGCUGGUCAGAGCUACUCCAAUUUUUGCAAUACAUAUAACUUGCUAUCGUUAUUGCCGCUUGUCGACAUGCUGUUUGAGGAAGUUCAUUUAAGUUCUAGCUUAUGGCCGACAAAGGAGGAAAUGAUGUUUUUACUUGUGUAUUCUGAUUAAAAUGUUGCUGAAAAUUUGCUUUCAAGGUCCA